UGCCGGCUUCUGGAGCCGCCCCUAGGCAGCUGCAGCGCGGCCUCGGAAAGGCUGCGGGGCUCAGGGCAAGCCCACUGAGUUUGGAGGAACUUGCGGCGUGGCCGGUCGUCCUGCCAGCCCAGGCGAGGGGAAAGCAGGAGCGUAGAGUAAGACAAGUGAGGGGCUAUGCAGCGCGCGGGAGCCCUCUUCGCUGGCCUGGGAAUUUGGUGGUGGCUCAGCUGGGAUCUCGUUGCCGUCUGCGAUGCUGCCAAGGGCCGCGUGCCUCGCCUUCGCCUCUCCUAUAAAGAUCUCCUGGCCACUAACCGCUCAGUCCUGUUUCUUGGUCACCGGGGAAGUUUAGACUUUCGCUCCUUGUACCUAGAUGAAUACCGUGACCGCCUAUUCAUUGGAGGAAAGGACACCCUUUACUCACUUCGGCUAGACCAAGCCAAUAUGGAUGUCAAGGAGAUUUACUGGCCACCUCUUCCUGGGCAGAAAGAAGAAUGCUUUCGGAAAGGAAAGGACCUAGUGACGGAGUGUGCCAACUAUAUCCGAGUUCUUUAUCCUUUAAACCGGACUCACCUCUUAGCUUGUGGGACUGGAGCUUUUCAUCCAGUCUGUGCUUUCAUCUAUGUGGGACACAGAGGAGAGCACAUGUUCAGCUUGGAUCCAACAAGUAUAGAAAGUGGCCGGGGCAGAUGUCCACAUGAGCCUAAUCGGGCAUUUGCAAGCACAUUUUUUGGUGGAGACUUGUAUACGGGGCUAACAGCCGAUUUCUUGGGCAGGGACCCUGUGAUCUUCCGGGCCAUGGGACAUCGCUCCUCUCUACGUACAGAGAUGGACCAGAGGCUGCUUAAUGCUCCCAAAUUUGUUGCUGCUUAUAUGAUCCCAGACAAUGAUGAUCGGGACAAUGACAAAGUCUACUUCUUCUUCACUGAGAAGGCAGCAGAGUCGGACAGCAAAGGGCAUGCCAUCUUUAGCCGCGUGGGGAGAAUCUGUGUGAAUGAUGCUGGUGGACAACGAGUGCUAGUCAACAAAUGGAGCACUUUCAACAAAGCCCGUCUUGUGUGUUCUGUUCCAGGACCAGAUGGCAUUGACACACACUUUGAUGAACUGGAGGACAUCUUUCUUCUGAGGGCUAAAGAUGGCAAGAACCCUGAAGUCUAUGCACUGUUCAGCACCAUCAGCAGUGUCUUCCAAGGCUUCGCCAUCUGUGUCUAUCGUAUGGCAGACAUCUGGGAGGUUUUUAAUGGACCAUUUGCUCAUAAAGGUGGUCCUGGUCAUCAGUGGGCAGCUUACGAGGGCAAGGUGCCUUACCCAAGGCCAGGAGUUUGCCCCAGCAAAACCACCAACCAGCCAAGUCGUCAGUAUUCCUCCACCAAAGACUACCCGGAUGAGGUACUGCACUUUGCACGUGCUCACCCACUGAUGAGCAAAUCUGUGUAUCCACUACACCGCCGGCCUGUGCUGGUGAAAACCAACUUGCAGCAUCGCCUACGGCAGAUAGUGGUGGACCGCGUGGAAGCUGAGGACGGGCAUUAUGAUGUCAUGUUCAUUGGCACAGAGGCUGGCUCCAUACUGAAGGUCAUAGCCCUACAGAGAGGAAGCUUUGCUGCUGUCGAAGAAGUCGUUUUGGAAGAGCUUCAAGUAUUUAAGGUACCAGUCCCCAUCACUGAGAUGGAAAUUUCUGUGAAACGGCAAAUGCUUUAUGUGGGCUCACGGGUCGGUGUUGCCCAAGUGAAACUGCAUCAGUGUGAGACUUAUGGGACAGCCUGUGCGGAAUGUUGCCUGGCACGGGACCCUUACUGUGCCUGGGAUGGCCUCACUUGCACCAGAUACCAGGAGUCGGGCAAACGUCGCUUUCGCAGGCAAGACAUCCAGAACGGGAAUCCCAUGCACCAGUGCCUGGAUCAAAACCUAACAGUGGAUAACUUUGACAGCAUUGAGGAGAAGGUGGUAUAUGGGACAGAGCACAACAGCACCUUCUUAGAGUGUAUCCCUAAGUCACCCCAAGCUGCAGUGCAGUGGUUUGUGCACCGAUCUCCAGGGGAGCUAAGAGACGAGGUGAAAACAGAUGAACGGAUCAUGAAGACAGAGCAAGGCUUGCUAUUCCGGAAGCUCUUUCGUCAGGAUGCUGGAACUUAUUACUGCAGGUCUCAGGAGCAGGGGUUCACUCAGACCGUCACCAAAAUUGCUUUGGAAGUGGUAGAAAGUGAGCAGCUGGAGCAGAUCUUCCAGAGGGAGCAGGACGAGGAGCUGCCUCGCCCUCCUUGCCGAGUUCCCAAUCUCCGCCUGCUGCACGGCCAACGAAUGUGGUUCAAAGACAUCAUGCACCUAAUUGGCUAUGCCAAUCUGCAGAGGGUGGAGGAGUACUGUGAGCGGGUGUGGUGCGGAGAUCGGCCACUGUGGCAUAAAGGCAAGCUCCCUAGGAGCAAGAACCUGCUGGAUGGGGGCAAAAAGGGAAGAGGCAAGCAGCCCAGUGAGAGAAACCGGGUGCCCAGGCAAGCAGUAGCCACCGAAGGGGGAAUGGAGCCAACGCCUGGCAAAAGCAAACCAUGAAUGAAGACCCACCCCUCUAGAAACUGCCCUUGUAAAGGGUCCUGAUGGAAGCCCCCUGCCCUUGCUGAUCAGCUGAGCCUAUAGACGUCCCUUCCUUCUGUCAAAAUGCUGGAGAUUUAACAAAUACCAAAGUAUUGUUUUCCUGUCCCAUAUUGACAACCCUGGUGGGAGGGGUAUCAAGUCGAGGAAGAUGUGGAGGUGGCCUCACUCACAAAAACAGAUUGUCCAUUUUGGUAAUGGGUGUUAAGUGCUGAGUAUCUGUGAGUAUCAUGUUCAGUAUGACUGAGCCACAUGACUCAGAAAAGGAGCCUUAAGGAUCUAACCAUGGGGCUGGGAGACUAUCACCAGAAAUCAAGGAACAGCAACACACAUUCUUUUCACAGGACUGAGGGAAAAGAGUCGGGAGCUGCUUCUGGAAAGAAUGGAUAUAUGUAGCCCGUGCUCUUCUGGAGGUGACAAUGAUCAGCUGUAGAUAACUGGUGACAAGACCACCCCUUUGAAGGAACAGAUGCUGCUUCCAGUGACCUAUUCUCCCUACAGUACAUGCUGGGUGGCCCUGGGAUUGAGAUAUCUUGCUGAAACAGUUAUCAGGGAGUGCGUUGAUUUCUUCCAGGCAUUAAUAGUCUAGAGCGGUGUUUCUCAACCUCAGCAACAUCAAGACGUGUGGACUUCAACUCCCA